ACUACCAAUGAUUUACCUUACAGAUUUUCUCUGUGUAUUGAUUACAGAGCAAGGACACUGAACUUGAAAAAUGUAAAAGAAAUGGAAUAUAAAUACAAAAUAGAAGAUAAUUGUGAAUCAUUAAAACAGGUAAAGAUAGUUUCAGUCAACAACCCGUUAGUCUUUCUGAACGCCAGGAAAUUUCAUGCUGACCUGAUAAAUAUAAUCCAGGAGGAUAGCAUGAGCAGCCAAGCAUGUGAAGAUGUAAACAAGUGUGAGCAGAACACAAUGCUCUGUUCAUUUUCCAAUGGAAGUUGUCACGGUGAGUCGUUGCAGUCAUGUCACAGUGAGCGACGUGUUUUGAUAUUAGACUGCAGUGGACUGAAUUUCUUUGACUACACGGGAGUCUCAGUGCUGCUUCAGAUGUACAUGGACUGUAAAAACAGACACAUCGAUGUGCUGCUAGCACACUGCAAAGCUUCCUUGAUAAAAGCAAUGCAGUAUGGGGGAGAUCUCGAAUCUGAAAAUCCUGUCUUCUUUGAAUCUAUUUCUUCGGCAAUCGGAGCUGUUCAAAUUCACAAG